AUGGGGACACUUGCAGAGAGUAAGGGUCUGUGUGGCUCUAUAGAGACCUCCAUCAUAGAGUUGGGAAGUGUGGUGGUCCAUGGAGGGGGGCCCCCACCUCUGCAAGCAGAGCCCCGCAUCCUUCCGGCCCCGGGCUGCAGUACCGUCCCCGGCCGGCAGAGGCACUGCGGGGCGGCGCCAGCGCGUUCCCACCGCUCGCGGCAGAGCCGGGAGGCGGAGGCUGCGCCCCCUCCCCUGCCCGCUUCCUGGUCCUCGGGGUCUGAGCGCCGCGGCCUGGGACUGCAGACCCAGGGGCUGCGGGUGUUCUCGGCGGCCGCCGCAGCGUCCGCGGCGACGUCACGGUCCUCGCGGCCUGGCAGCCAGCGCUCGGGCCGGCCGCCGAAUGCCCGUGGACGCGCAUCUCCUCCCCGAGUUCCUGCUUCCUGGGCCAGCCAAAGCCGCAGGGAACAUCAUGGGCCCUUGAUUGCUGUGAGUGCCUCAAAGAAGCAGCAAGGGAGAAGGCUGAAGAGGCACCUGGAUCGAAGCCUGAUAAAGAAUAUGUCUGCUGCCCCCAAAUUCUACAAGAAUGGCAAGCAGGUGGCUGUUGAAGCAGAAAACCGCAAUGGAAAGGAGCUCAUUGUGCAUAAGAGUGAGGCCAGGCCCCACAAAACACCACAGGAGCAGGGAAAAUUUCAAGGAACUCUGAUGCGUAGCCAGCCUCGUGAACAUUCAAUUCUGCCCUAUACUCCAGUGACCUUGGAGCAGCAACCAAUGAUUUCUUUUUCCCGGGAGCCUCGUGGUUCCUCUGCCAGGCCCCAAAGAUUCUCAAGUGUGAUCCUGCAACCCUGCGCCACCUCUGGCCCUCUUCUACUGCAGCCACAGGCCCCUGAUGCCACCAAGCAGGACACUGUUGCUGCUGCCUUAGAGUGGCAGAGGAAGCUGGAGGCUGCUGAAGCUCUGUUGGCCCUGAAAAACUCUUCUCAGGUUCCUCCUGUUUCUGCCUCUCUUCAACAAUGUGCCAGCAUGCCAGGUCCUGCUGGAGAGAGAGGACUGCAGCCUCCUAGUCCCUACCUGCCACCACGGCCUGCCAGCUCUGUCUCACUUACUGGACAUCUGGAGUGCAUGUCCUUCUUGACCUAAGAGCCCAUAGUGGGAGGCCUCACUAGAACACUGCCUGUUUGUAAUUCUGCAGGUGAUUAUGUGGAGUAUCUCUACAAUGCAGAGAACAUCUGACAUGCUUGAUGUCUGAUUCAUCUGAAGGCCUUAAAAUGAAAUUCCACGAAAGCCUGAAACACCUGCUGUUUCCAAAUCCUGUUCUUUCAGUGAUGAUCUCACCAAAUCCUGAUAUGGCCUACAUGGGUCUAAAAAUUGCCAUCUUCCUGACUUGAACCUUCAGAACAGCUGGGAUCACAGGCAUGUAUUCCCAUGCCAGCCAGUGCCUGCUCUGAUCCUCUUCUGUGUUGCUUGUGGGAUACCAUCUGGGCACCUCUUCCCGUACCACUGACCAUGGCACAAAGAGUACAGAAGCAGCAAAGAGGGAUGGAGGAGCCUGGGCAUUUCUUCUUUCGUGGUCUUGCUACUCCUAUUUGAGAUCAUGAUGGCUGAGGCUGGCUGUUGCAGCUGGAGCUUCGUACAUUUUGGUAAGGUAGGCAAAUACUGCUGGUAGAGGUGCCCAGAGAUCUCUGGGGUCUGCUCUGUGCCCUUGGUACUGAUCUAUAAGUCAUUUUCAAAAUAGGUUUUGGACCCUACAUUUGAGCAUUAUGGUGAAGAGCACACAGUGAAGCAAAGUGGCUCAUUUAUGGUGGGAAGAAAGGAGUGGGUUCAAAGACAAAUACACCUGCUGAGGGUACCCUUUAAAAGGCCACUCCUUCAACUAGUCCUUAACCCUUUCUACUACCUCCCA